AUGCGCACCUCCCGGGAAGCUCGUUCAUCUCUCUCUGCCCUCAGUGUUCUAUGUGUCCCACUGACUGGCGGUUCUCGCUAUCUCCGCCGGUCCCGGGAUUUCGUCUGUGCUGCGGCUUUCCCUUCACCUGCAGUCCUCUACGCCGGGGUUAGUAUGCCGUCCCUCGGUUCCCUCACAGCCGCUCGUCAGACAAUAUAUGAAUUGUAUGUCUGGAUGAUUAGUUUUGUCAUUUUGCAUAACAGGGAAAAUGAAGUACUGAAAGUUCAGCUGAAGAAAUAUGUUUGCGCAGUGCAGAUGCUAAAAAAGGAGGGACAAAGUGACACAAUUCCUAACCUCCGAAAUAUUGAUGGAGAAAUCAAUCCAGAAGUAAAGCCAGUGAUGGAUCAUGAUGAAUUAGCCAGUUCAUAUGAACGAAAAUUAAUAGAGGUGGCAGAAAUGCAUGGAGAAUUGAUUGAAUUUAAUGAAAGGUUACACCGUGCACUCCUCACAAAAGAAGCUCUGGUUUCGCAAAUGAGACAAGAACUCAUCGAUCUAAGAGGACCGGUACCUGGAGAUUUGAGUCAAACAUCAGAAGAUCAGAGUUUGUCAGACUUUGAAAUAUCACACCGUGCCCUUAUAAAUGUUUGGAUACCCUUAGUUUUUCUGAGAAGUAAAUCUACCCGUGCCUUUCAUGUUUAUCAGGUGUAUAUCAGGAUUAAAGAUGAUGAGUGGAAUAUUUACAAAAGAUAUGCAGAGUUCCGGAAUUUACAUUAUAAAUUGCUAAGCAAGUACCCAUACGCGAAGACCAUUCCCUUUCCACCAAAAAAAGUCAUUGGGAAUAAGGAUGCAAAAUUUGUGGAGGAACGACGGAAACAACUACAAAUCUACUUAAGAAAUGUCAUGAACAAAGUCAUACAGACAUUGCCAGAUUUUGUUGCCAAACCAAACAAAGAAAACCUGACACAGAUCAUGCCUUUUUGUGCAUAAGUGUUGGUCUUAAUUUUUAAUUUUG